AUGGCGGAUGAUGGAGAGAGGAUCAUCGAGGUGUUCAAGAAGUUCGACACCAACAGCGAUGGAGUCAUCUCCAAGGAGGAGCUCACCACGCUGCUGACCGCCUUGGGCCCGGACAUGUUCACCGGCGAGUCCUUAGAGACGCUGCUGGCUGCCAUGGACUCCAACAACGACGGCAAGGUGCAGUACGCCGAGUUCGUUCACUGGCUCACGACAGAGGAGGCGGAGGUGAGCCAAGUUUGGGAGGUGGCGAUGCCGGGCAAGGACCUGCCGAAGGGUCCGCUGGCGCGGCUGGACGCCAUCAUUGGCAUGUCGCCACACCUCUCGGGGAACCUCACCUAUAUGGAAGCGCGGAAGGCUUUGGAGAAGGGCGAGGAGGACAGCGCGUACCUGCUCUCUGACAAACUCCUGCUGCAGCUGGAGAGUGACGCCAGUCGCAUUGACGCCGCCUUUAUGCGAUUCGACUACAGCGGCACCGGCUUUCUGGACAGGUCGGAGGUUGCAGCCAUGUUCCAGUACCUGGGCUUCCCGGACCCUUCCGAGGAUGACGAGGUGAAGACGUUGAUAAAGAAGUUGGACAGCAAUGGCACGGGGAACGUGGAGAAGGAGGAGUUCAAACACUUCGUAGAGGAGUUUGGAGGCUUAGACGCGCUUUUUGCGCGGCGCAGGGAGCGCGCUCUCCGGGACAGAACCAGCUCGGCCUCGGCGUCGUCCACCUCCUUGAGCACUUUAAGCCGGGAGGAGAUCCAGGUCCACAUGCUGGCUGCUGGCAUCGAACCGGAAGCCCAGGCAUACUGGGAGUUGGUUCUCCCACAGUCGGAGAUUGAGAACGUUUACCUGCUCACAGAUUGCCAGAAGCAAGCUGUGUCGAACAUCCGCCGCAUUGCGAAGGUGAACCACCAGCAGCACCUGCCGGCGCUGCAGCGCCGAGUGGCCGCCCUGGGCUUCAAGGACAUGGACCUGUGGACAACGCUUUCCUGGGUUCGUGACUUCGCGCCUUUGAUCGUCCACAUCCACUUUGACAAGAUGUGCAAGUUCCUCUUAGAGGACACGCACUACCGAUCACAGUUUGAGACCGGGAGCAGUUGCGGCCUGAACAACCGCGAGGUGAGGCAGAGAUGGGAGCGAGAUCUCUUCCAAGGAGCCUACGAUGGCUGCAAAGACUUCGAGCGCCCGAAGUACGGGGUGCUCAACGUCCACAACGACUACCGGGGCGUGGUCCGUGCGAAGCAGUACGGCGAUUGCUACAUGGUCCUGCGGGACGCCCGGCUGCGGACCACCUUCUCGCCCGAGGACUCUGCGAAUUUGAAAGCGGAGCGACUGGCCUGCCUGGACUACUACGCCCAUGUAUUGCACGAGUACACCGACGAUGAGCUCAGAGAGACGUUGAAGGUGGCCACCACCGGCAAACUCGGCAGCAGCGACGCCAUCUUGGCGAAGGGUCUCAAGUACAAAGAGGCCCAGUACCACGGGGAGGUGGCCUUCGCACGGCACGUGGAGCGCCUGGUGCUGCCCAAGGUGGACAAGUACACGGGCCGCGAGGCGGACAUCAAAAAGGUCUGCGAGAAGAACGGCUGGGAGUGGUGCUGGAUGGAGGAGGAGAAAGCCCGGCGAGAGGCUAUGGAGGCGGAGGACGCCUCGGAUGAGAAGAUGAUCGCGUGGAAGGCCAAACUGAAGGCCAUGGCAGAGCGCCCCAGCGAGGAUGUUAAGGUGCCGGAAGGCUUCUGCGUCAAAGGAUGCGGCAAGCCUGUGGCCGACGGGCUCACUAAGAAUGGGAACCCCUACAAGACCUGCUGCAGAGGUUGCGCCCUGGGCUUUGGCCACGACCUGCGCUGCGGCCUCAAGGACGGCGAGCGGCCUCCCUGCAAGAUGGGCUGUGGUAUGCUGGCGGCUCCAGGCAAAACCUCCCGGGGCCGUCCGCUGGACACCUGCUGCCGCGGCUGUGCCAAGGGCGGGGAACACGACGUGCGCUGCACCAAGGACCCCUCCGAGUGA